AUCAUGGCGGACCCUAGAGAUAAGGCGCUUCAGGACUACCGCAAGAAACUGCUGGAGCACAAACAGAUUGACGGCCGCCUCAAGGAGUUAAGGGAACAAUUAAAAGAACUUACCAAGCAGUAUGAAAAAUCUGAAAGUGAUCUGAAGGCUGUACAAAGUGUCGGGCAGAUUGUCGGUGAAGUACUUAAGCAGUUAACUGAAGAAAAAUUCAUUGUUAAAUCUACAAAUAGACCAAGAUAUGUUGUGGGUUGUCGUCAACAGCUUGACAAAUGUAAGCUGAAGCCAGGAACAAGAGUUGCUUUAGACAUGACUACACUAACUAUCAUGAGAUACUUACCAAGAGAAGUGGAUCCAUUGGUUUACAAUAUGUCUCAUGAGGACCCUGGGAAUGUUUCUUAUUCUGAGAUUGGAGGGUUAUCAGAACACAUUUGGGAAUUAAGAGAGGUAAUAGAAUUACCUCUUACAAACCCAGAAUCAUUCCAGCAUGUAGGAAUAAUACCUCCAAAAGGUUGUUUGUUAUAUGGACCCCCAGGUACAGGAAAAACACUCUUGGCACGAGCUGUGGCUAGCCAGCCGGAUUGCAAUUUCUUAAAGGUUGUAUCUAAUUCUAUAGUAGAAAAGUACAUUGGUAAAAGUGCUCGUUUGAUCAAAGAAAUGUUUAAUUAUGCCAGGGACCAUCAGCCAUGUAUCAUUUUUAUGGAUGAAAUAGUUGGUCGUCGGUUUUCUGAGGGUACUUCAGCUGAUAGAAAGAUUCAGAGAUCUUUAAUGGAGCUACUGAAUCAAAUGGAUGGAUUUGAUACUCUCCAUAGAGUUAAAAUGAUCAUGGCUACCAACAGACCAGAUACACUGGAUCCUGCUUUGCUUUGUCCAGCCAGAUUAGAUAGAAAAAUACGUAUUGAUUUACCAAACGAACAAGCAAGGUUAGAUAUAUUGAAAAUCUAUGUAGGUCCCAUUACAGAGCAUGGUGAGAUAGACUAUGAAGCAACUGUGAAGCUUUCACAUGGCGUUAAUGGAGCAGACCUAAGAAAUGUUUGUACUGAAGCAGGUAUGUUUGCAACUCGUGCCGAUCAUGAUUUUGUAGUACAGGAAGACUUCAUGAAAGCAGUCAGAAAAGUGGCUGAUUCUAAGAAGGUAGAGUCUAAAUUGGACUGCAAACCUGUGUAA